AUGCUCCGACGCGCAGCUCCUCGCCUAUCCACCGCACCCUACUCAAGCCUACGAGUCAACCAGUCUAUAUUUCGAUACUAUUCCUCAAAACCCGAUGAUACAGAUAUUGAGUCCAUGCUCGCGAAGCCAACAUGGUCCGUCCGAUCUUUACUUCCUGACCCUGCCGCGCGACCGUCUUCCCCGACCGUCACCCCUGCCCAGCUUAAACACCUGCUUCGUCUAUCAGCUCUUCCCCAACCGUCUAGCCCUGAGGAGGAACAGCAGAUGCUUGAAACACUUGAGUCUCAAAUCCACUUCGUAAGAGAGAUCCAGAAAGUAGACACUACUGGGGUUGAGCCUCUGCAGAGUAUUCGCGAUGAGAGCCCGGAGGCAGUCAAAGAGAGCACGAUUGGGUUGGAGCAGCUGAAAGAAGCCCUGUCGAAGGAACGAGUCAUUGGCCGAAAUAAGAAGAUUCAACGCAUUGAAUCGGCGAGAAAUGAUCGUCCUGACGGUGAUGCUUGGGAUGGCAAUGCGCUUCGUUAUGCCUCCAAAACGAAGGGGAAGUUCUUCGUUGUUGACACUGCCAACUCCUAA